CUUUUGAGUCUCUUCUCUAAGUUUCAACCAACUAAAUGACCCAGAGAGGAACAAAGUCCAAACAACGUUGCGGGGCUCCUGAGCGCCUUGGGCCCAGCGCGAUCCCAUCAGAUAACUCUCUCGGGUGGGCCAACCACACGAGCAGUGGGCCGCUACAGUCAGGCACACCGCACGCCAUGGACCAGGGCACAUCGUCGCGAUCGAAGUGCCAGGGGUGUUGGCGUCCGGUUUCGUCGGCUCAGCGCGACCUUGGCGGAUGAGCCCGCCGGCUGGACGUUACCUUACGUUUUUGGUAUUUUGGUUCUCCUCGGCAUGGAAAGCGGUUGGCUGGGGCUCGGCGCCCAGAUGCUGGGUUGGAUCCGUAGUAGAAGAUCACAAAGAGCAAGAAACAAGAAUUGGCGCAGGCAUAUAUUGAGGGCCGCAUAUCACGCUACUUGAGUUCUCUUCUUUUCUCUCUCCCAAGUCACUCCCCCAUCACAAAGUUUCUUCGCAAACCUUGUGAUCCUUCGAGCCUCGAGCCUUGCUCUCUGAGACCAGACCUCCCCCUUCUCAGACAACUCGUCAAGUUGAGCUUCAUUUCCAGAAGAUUCUCAUCACCUUCAAGAUGGUCUCUGCCAAGUCAGUCACUUUGUUCGGCAGCAUGCUGCUGGGCAACGUCAUGGGCGCCGACAACAUGGGCCCGGCCGCUUUCCUCUGGCCCCCAGACCGUGAGUGGUCUGCCGACGCCGACAACACGGCCCCUUGCGGAUCCACCAACGGCCCCGGUGUCCGCACCGAGUUCCCUCUCGUGAACGGCAAGCUUGCCCUUGUGACCCAGGACAUCACCCGCUCCGUCCACCUCAGUGUUUCUUACGAGAACGACCCCAAGUCUGCCUCCGACUUCGAGACCUUCCUCGGCCCCAGCGAGGUCGGCAGCCUCGACCUCGGCCACACCUGCGUGACGGUCCCCACCGCGCCCUCCGGCACCGCCGCCGGCUCCAACGCAACCUACCGCAUGCUCUACGUCUCCAACUUUGACCAAGACGAGUCCAAGCGCGAGACCUACUACGCCUGCGCCGACGUCACUUUCGUCGAGGUCUUUGCCGCUUCCAUCCCCUGCUUCAACGCCACCGUCAGCGACCCCGACGUCGACGUCGACACCACCGUCAACGUCACCACCACCGACUCGGGCGGCAACACCCCGCACACCGCUGCCGACUUCACCGCCGCCGGCGAAUCCAAGAGCUCCGGUCUCUCCAAGGGUGCUAUUGCUGGUGCCGCUGUCGGUUCUAUUGCCGGUGUCUCUCUGCUCGCCCUUGCUGGAUUCUUCUUCUGGCGCAAGAAGGCUGCCAAGAAGGAGGCUGUCACCGAGCCCAUGCAGCAGCGCUGGGAUGCCGAGAAGGCUGUCAGUGACACUUCUUCCGUCAACAGCCGUCCCCAGCACUAAACUUGCCCCAACCCGACUUCAACGCAUGGCGUUGCCUUCGAUGGCAGUGUCAACUAUGCGCUUAACAUAAUCCUGGAACGAGAGAUGAUAUGAUUGACGUAGAUCAUGAAGUAGCAAAUAUAAAGGGGAGAUAUCCCGCUUAAUAUCUCGC